AUGACUAAGAUGAAGACACGGAUGGAGAAGUACAACAUCGCCAUGGAAGCGAUUGCGGGCCACACCAAGCAGAAGCACGUUGCGGAGAAGCAUGGUGUGACGGCAGCAACACUGAGCAAGUGGGUGAAGAAGGUCAAGGCAGGAGAGCUACGAGGGGAUGAGCGCGACGCAUCAUGCAAGAAGGCACGACCGCUCCAGUUUGGCGAGAUUGAAGAUCGCUUGGUGCAGUACAUCAAGCUGCGCGAGCGCAAGUACCUGGUGGAUGGCCUCGGGCUCUCAUGGAAGCUUGUGCAAGAGAAAGCCCUCAAGUUUGCUGCAGACAUGAAAGCAACGCAUCCAGACAAGGCAGCAACACUUGACAACUUUCGCGCAAGCCCUGGCUGGUUUCAGGGCGUGCGCAAGCGACACAACAUCAAGAGCGUGCGACUACAUGGAGAGGCUGGCAGUGUUGACGAAGAGACAGCAGCAACGGCAAUGGCAGAGUUCAAGCAAGCAGUUUCUGCUACGAGCAUCACCAACCCCCAAUUCGUCUUCAACGCAGAUGAAACUGGCCUCUUCUACCAGACGUUACCUUCAAGACUCUACGUGUCUCGAUCGGAGCGCAGUGUUCGCGGAGUGAAGCAGAUGGCGGCAAAAGCACGGCUGACGAUCAUGACGGCAACAUCAGCAGCGGGGGAGAAAGUGCCACUCUUCUCUGUCGGAAAGAGCCGGAGACCUAUGUGCCUUCGUGACGACUUCCCACCAGUGCGGUACACGUCUCAAGCAUCAGCCUGGUUCGACACUGACAUGGCCAAUUACUACGUGCGUUUCUUUCUCAAGUGGAAGCGUUCACGCUAUGGAGACGAGCCUGUUGUUCUCAUCUGGGACAAUUGCCCGGCACACAAAAACGUCACCAACCCUGCGCCGAAGGAGCUGCACCUGUUGUUCUUGCCCCCAAACCUAACGUCAAAACACCAGCCCAUGGAUAUGGGCUUGAUAUCGGCCGUGAAAAUGCGAUACAAGGCAUACGUGCUGCAGCAGCUCCUCGCAUACUACGACGACGGGCAGCAGACACCACUACCGAAGAGCCGUGGCUUGCGUGGUCUUGCCCAUGGAGCGCCACCAAACAUUCGAGACGCGUUGACGAUCUUGAAACGAGUGUGGGAGGAGGUCAAGCCUGAGUCAGUGGUGCGGUGCUGGAUGAAGGCAGCUUGCCUACCCGAAAGCCUUUUCCCACAGCAGCAUACACAGCAACAGCAGCGAGUGACUUCGGAUGAGAUGCUGACAGAACGGAGCAGUGAAGAGGAAGGGCAGGAAGGGGAGGGCGGACAGCUGGUACAAAAUGGGCUCGGAGCGGAGAAUGAACAGUACGAUGAGGCGGAACAGAGAAUGACGGAGAGCAGGAGCGAUUGA